CUGCUCCACACGGUCACCGGGAGACGCGUGAAGGUAAAAACAGCCUGGGCGCUCAUGGAGAGCGGAGCCCCGCUGGUCCGAACCGGGGGCAGCACGAUCGGAUGCCUUUCUCCACGCCAGCACCUCUACAUGAUCCCCAUCCAGGAUUAAUCGGUUGACCGAUGGCCCCCAAACACGCGCUCGUCUCCGGGGGAGCCGGCGGUGGAGCCGGCGGUGGCCCCGGGACCGGAGAGAUGAAGGGUGAUGGAUGGAGCCCGGCUGCGGGGGAAGGGAUGCUGCCAGCCCGGUGGAUGGUGAUCAUCAUCGCGGUGCUGAUGCUGAUGAUGCAGAGCUCCCUGGCCGCUCAGGCUGAGGGUGGUCAUUAUGAGUCAAUGGAGCGGACUGACAUGCCUCUGGACCCCGCAGUACCCUCCAAAUUCACUGCGACCCCUGGGAAUAAUGCCAGAGCUGGAGUCAGCGAUGAAGAUGGGCGUGACGUCGGUGCUGAUGCUGAACUCGGGCCUUGGACUGAGGGUAAAGUGUUCGCCGAGGCCAGGACAGCUGUCUGGACAGAAACAGAGGGUGGCAACGUUUUCGCCAAACGUGGGAUGGUAGCAGGAACUGAUGCUUUGGCUGAAGCGGGAUGGAGGCCUGCAGAUGCUGAGGAGGAUGGGGAGCUGCCCAGCAUGGCCAGAGACCCAGCCUCCUGGCUGGAGGCAGGUGGAGGCGUCCAAAGAGAGCAGGCAGCUUUCUCCUCGGUUCUCACCAUGCUGGCAGAGACAGCAGAGCUGCAGGCACCACCAGCAGGAAAACCUUCAGGGCUAAUGUCUAAAGCUGCUUGGAGCAACAGCUUGUCUUUAUCGGCAUCUAAGACCUCAUUCACCUCCACAGCAAAAGCACUUUCUAUGCCCCUCUCUUCCUCCUCCUCCUCUUCCUCCCCCAAUUCAGCCAGUAAACAAGACAGUCAGACAGCAGAAACAACGGACAUAUCUAUGAUUGUUGGAAACAGCAACUCCUCCAUCAACAACAGUUUGGACGAUGCAGUGAGCAACCUACCGGCCUGGGAUCUGCCGACAGUCCCAGAAUCCCUCCUGUCCACAGUGGGUGACCAUGAUGUCACACUUCCUGCAAAUAUUACUAGCCCUUUCUCCACCCACCAGUGGAACACCACCACACCCGUGCGUCCCAGAACCACCAUACAGCACAGAACCACGGCAGCAACCACCAUAAAGACGUCUCCAUCAGCAAGCACUACUCCAGCUUUACCGUUUUCCACCACAGCAAGAACUCAAACGCUACAAGAAUCCAGCACGGCGUCAUACAACAUGAGCCAGGACACUGUGACCAACGACAGCCUUCAGUUGACAACAGCAAGCAUGACUACACCCUCAACAACCACUCUCACUGUUGAGGGUGCGGAGGUGAAGACGCAGGCACGGACAACUGGGAGCACUGUAACGUCGCCAGCGAACACUACAACUAUUACAGUCAAACCGCAGACAACGAGCCUCAAUGUCACCACGGCGACUACAACUCAGGCUACAACCACGUCUACAACCACGCCUGCUCCCACCACCACAACUACGACCACUGUUCCUCCAACCACCACCACCACCACCACCACCACCACCACUCCGGCUCCCACUACUACCACUACUGCAUCAACUACUACUACUACUACCACUACUACGACCACUACCACAACAACGAAGGCACCCGCCACCACCGUGUUCAUCCCCAUCCAAACUACGCAGCCUCCAACACCACAACCUCCGUUUUCUACCAGCACUGAUGAAAUUCCUCUACCUUGCAAUAUGACUGAGAAGUUCUGGGUCAAAACUGUUUUGUCCAUCGAGUUGCGCCGGAACCGUCUGGACCUGAUCCUGAAACAGAACCUAUCAAAAGGAUUGAGCCACGCCCUGCAGAGAGCCCUGAAUGACUCCGCCGCCUUUGCACAGGUGGAGCGAGAUGACAGCAGCCCCCACAAUGUGACCCUGGGUUACUACGUGACCAGCGGCAAAACCGUCUACGUUUCCUCUCUCGUCAUUGAAGCUCUGAAUGUUUACGGUUUUGACAAGCUGUUGGCUGAUAUCAGGCAGCACACCCCACUGGUUAAGGCAGUCCUGGUUCCCGUGGCAACCUGGAUGCCUGCUCCAAGUAUUCACCUGCAGCUGAAAACAGUGUUGAGGUUUGUUGGGCCGACAGACAACAUCUACUCCUGCAGUUUUGUCCAGAUGUUGGAGCAGAGGCUGGAGAACGCCUUCGAAGAGGCUCAGGAUAAAGUGUUGGAGACCUACAACAGACUCACUGUGGAGAUCCAGAGAGUGUCCCAGGAGGCUGGCUCCCCCUCAGUCACUCUGAUGUAUUUGGUGAAAAACCAAGAUACAAUUCUUAAUGGGACAAUAUCCAGUGGGCUUCUCAACCAACUGACUGCAGAGCUGGUGGGGUAUUUUCUGUUCUACCCGCCGCUGGUCAUUGCUGAGCCCCUUGAAUACCACAAUCUCAACACGUCCACUGCAACCAGGAACUACUGGGUGAUAACAGUGAUCCAGGAUGUUGACAGCUCCUCUCUGGAGGCCAACUACCAGAGCUUUGCCAGUCUUAUGGAACAGCGGUUGGCUGAGCUCUUCCAGGUGGCUGGCAGGCAGGGCUCUCGGGCGGCCAGAUCCCGGCGGGCCACCACUGUGGGCAGCUACACCGUACAGAUGGUGAGCAUGCGUCGGCUUCCGGGUCCCAAAAACCCGGCAGAGAUGACCUACUACGCCCAGCUGAACGGAGCGCCCAUCAGUGGGACCACGGCUGCCAAGACCCUCAGCAGCCUGGACUCGCAGACCAUGGCUCUGACGCUGGGAUACUUCGUGCAAGUGCAGGCUGAACCUGUGGUGAAGACGCCCCCCAGCAACUUGUGGAUCAUGGCUGUUCUGACGCCUCUCUUCCUGCUGAUGGUGGUGAUUGGGAUGGUGGCCUUCAUCCUGUGUAAGAAGAACAGGGUCAUCUUCAAGACUGGCGCCUUCAGAACCUUUAAAACCCGUUCCAAGACCUCAUAUCGAAGGGAGGGCAGUUACCACCAUCAGCCUGUCCAAGGCUUUGACUACGCCAAGAAGCACAUGGGCCGGACUGGAGACGACGCCGUCUCUGUUACCAAAGAGACGCUGGCGUUGGGGCUCCCGGUGCGAGACGCUCCGCUGUCUCUGUCGCUGGAUAAGAAGGUCCACCAGGACGGGACUGGCAGCAAGAGGCCUCCGUCUGCUGACAUACACAAGGGAGGGCGGUUACCAAGUGAUGAGGAUGGCUCAGUUUCGAGUAAAGGCUCCGGGAAGCUGAACACCAGCAAGAGCUCGUCGGUCCGAAGGACGGCGACUGGCAGCAGCAGCAAGAAGGAGGAGCUGCACAAGAGGGGGAACAAUGACCCAUAUGAAGACCAUUCAGGCUCUCUGCGUCUCAUCACCAUCAAGCCCAUGACGGCCCAGCCAGCGUACUCUUUUGCAUCACCCUCCUCACACAGCCAAGACUCUGUAGCCGUCAACGGGGAGGUUAACCACAAUGGACUAAAGCAGAAGUCAGACAUCGAACACUACAGGAACAAGCUGCGCCAGAAGGCCAGAAAGAAGGGUUACGGAGAGUUUUCUUUAUCUGAGAGCCUCAACCACGGUUACAGUCACCGUGAGUCCAGGCAUGGUCGCCAUGACAAUGGUGUCAAGGAGCCAAAGACAGCUGAAGAGAAGAGGGCUUCUUUUGCUGGAUGUCAUAAGAGCAGGUAUUCCCACCGGGAGCCCACCUACUGGAGCCGGCAGUCUCUGAGCAGCCCCAGCCCGGUGGAGACGGAGAUGGACCUGCUGGUGCUCAGGGAGAGAUCCAGGAGGGGCAUCCGCAACAACGGCUAUGAUGGCGAGCCGGAACCGUUUGAGGAGACCAACGUUGAUCGUCUGAUGAGCUCCCUGGGUUACGGAGGUGGAUCCACCGGAACUGGGAACAGCAGCUUAGGGGUGAAAGCUCACCGCGGCUCAGACUCCUCCACACUCAGCUCGCAGCCAUCCAUUAACGAGGUCCGCACGCAGAUGCACAUGUUGCUUGGCAACGCUUUCAGCCUGGCGCCUCCGGACCAUGACCCCCCUUCCCCUCCAACCAACCACCACCAUCACCACCACCACGCACACAGCGUCUACAACCCGUCCCACACCAGCCACUACAGCGACGGCGUGACCAGCGCCCCGGGGACCAUGAACCACCCGUGUGGCCGGCAGAGGAGCACGGGCUACGAGGACAUGCACCAGUGUAGCCUGCCCAAACCGGGUUUCCGGUUCACCCAGCUUCCAGAUAUGGGCAUCGGUUCUCCCCCGCCACUGAUCCCCUCCAGACCUGGACCGCCACUUGGGACUUCACUACAACGCUCAACCCCCGAUGUGAGUCUGAAGCCUCGGGUGUCCGAGGCCUCCGACCUUCAAGCCCAGCAGCACAACGGGGCCCCGUACCUGCCGCUCUCCAGGACGCCCUUCCCUGCCGUCACUGUGGACCAGUCCGUCAACACCUACUCAGGAAACCCAAUAACGGCAGUCUACGCUAUAUCAGCCAACCGUCCCGGUUACUCAGACUACUUUGUGAUGUCUCCUCCGUCCUCGUACCGGAGCCCGUCCUGGAUGUCCUACCCGCCGGAGCCUGAAGACCUGCCGCGGCAGUGGAACGACACACCUCAGAACUCACGUCACCUGGAGACCAUCUGCUGAAGUCGGCCGCCUGCGACGCUGAGUGGAAAGGCUCAGUAACUUGGUGUUUCUCUGGCCGGGCAGACAGUCCCCAUCUCCUUCAUCGCCCCUCUUUGAUCGUGCACAUUUUCCUCAGCUCCUCUCCUCUCCACUGCCUGGCCUCCAUCUCUCCCGCCUCGUCACCGCGGCUCAGAGCGCCUCACCUCCCACAGCUCUGCACCAUAACCACCUUCUCCUGCUCAGAACUCCCCCCCGGUCUCUGCCGAUCAGAAGCUUAGCCAUAAUUCUCACUCCUCCUGUCUUCUGGGCCCCUCCGGCCCGUUUCGGCCCCUCUGGGCCUCUUCUCCUGUGUUGACCGCCGCUGUGCAGCCAGAGGGCAGCCUCACGCUGCUGGACCGAACUGAGCCGAUUCCUCUGCAGGGCGAGGGCCACACUUUUCCAGCAGCCAUCGUGGAGUAACUGCCAUCUGCCCAGCUCUCGAUGGCACCAGCCCUCCGUACGGUCGUGCCCCGCCAUAGCCAGUAGUCUGCUUCUCCUCUGAACCGGACCGGACUGCACCAGACUCGCCCCCCGAGGUCCACCACGGAGCCAGGAACGCUGGACUGACUUAAAACUGUGCUUUUUUGUUUCGUUUUUGAUUAAUCCAAAUGAUCAUGUGAACCUUCUACAGCUGUUAAUUACGUGUAUUUUAAACUUGAGUGAGGAAAAAAAAAAAAUCUCAGAAAAAAAAAAUCUGAAAAAAUAUCUCGUCUUGAGCUGUCUCAAUUUUAGUUUUUGGAUAUUUGUGUGCUUUUGUCUUUUAUUUUUGUGCAUUAAUUAUUAUCACUGGAUUACUGUAAAAAAAAAAAAAAUAGAAAAAAGAGCAGGACAGAGUGGGUGUUACUGCUUCACUCACGUUAUUUCAAAGCGAAAAUAUAAUACGUUCUUUGACGCAGAAAAUCCGGCGGCUUAGUUGUCUGUGGUUCCGAUGGCGUUUCUGUAACUUUGAAAAAAGAAGAUGCUUUGUUUAACUUUUUCCUUUAUGAGAUUCAGUAACGAAAACAAGACCUAGUCACUAUGUUCUGUCAAUCAUCUGAUGAUGGCGUUUUUGUCUUCUCAUCAUUAGACAGACCCGAGUCAAAUAUACCGACUGAAAUCCUGCUCUCUUUGUGUGAUGAGCUGCGUUCGUAGUGAUUUGACUCAGCUCUCUUCUAUUACGUGCACACAUUAGUACUCCUAGAGCAACAGUUGUUUUACUUGAAAGGUGUCUAUUGUAUUCUACUGUUUAAGGAAAGCUGAUUUUGUUCUUCUUCUAUUUUCUUUUCUGUGUGUCUCGAUGAGGACUGGAUUCAUUUCUGGUCGCUGGACGAUGAUGUCGUACUGUUCAAGAGACUCGCCGGGCCCAAAAGGGCCGUAUGUGUAACAGUUCCAUGUAUUUCUGUAUAUAAGAGAUGAUUUAAUGAAGAGUUUUAUGCAAGUAUUGUUGGAGGGAAACUUUGUCUAACAUUGCUCUGAUGUCAGUUUUCUUUUUCUUACUUUCUUGAAGUUUAUGAUAAGGAAGAGUCAGACUCUGACUUUCGGAAAGAUGCACAGAUUUCAGUAUCACCUGCGGUUUCAUAACAUUGCUAAAAUAAUAGACGAGAAAGCGACUUACCGAGAGAAACACCUAGAAAGUUAAGACUGGAGUGCAUUCGGCACAGAUGUGACAGCGUACUUACAUAAUUCUUGAUGUUUCAACAAUGCUUAUAGCCAUAAUAGUGGAGAUAAUGCAGAUUUUUAGUACGGAGAAUGUCAACGUCUUGAAUUUAUUUAGCCUCAUUUUUACUGAGGAAAACUGGGGUUCUGUGAGCACACUGUAUUUACGGCUUCUCGUCAUUUAGAUGCUCAACAAGGAGAUUAUAGCCAUAUAGCCAUAUAUUGACAUCAGUUAGUGAACGUGAAGCAAGAAAAACGGUUGUGUCAACAACGAAUAAUGAAAUGAAACCAAAUAAGUGAAUAGUUGGAAAAGCUGACGUAGAGACUGUAGCGUUAUUGACGACAUAAAUGUCAAGUUAGGAAGUUUGAGCACUUUUGGUAAAAAGGCCGACGUUUGGAAGGAAGGAGACCAACGUUUGCAGGAAAUCGACGGAUCUUGCCACAUGAGACACGACAGCUGACACAGUUUAUGAUUUAUUCAUUAUUACUUUAAGGAUAGAGCUGUGCAGCUCUCUGGACUCCUGGACGGAGCCGGAUCCAGUGACGAGGAUCACAGUUGUACAGAAAGACAUAAGACAAGACUUGUUUUUGACCUGAUUCAGACUUUUUGCCGUCUGCAUAUUUACACGUUUCCUCUAAAACAUUUAGGUCAGCUCAGCUGUUAUGAGUGCCGAUUAUCUAUUUGUGGAAAUAACAAACUCAUAAAAGACUGUAAAUACCUACAACACAUCUAUUUUUUCUUUAGUAGGUCAGAUACUGGUCUGUGGUUGUUUUAUAAGGUUGAAGAUGAAACAUUAAUGGUGAUCACACGUGGCUUUGAAGCAGCACUGAAACCAUUUAAAUGGUGGAAAAUGUGAAAAAGGAGAAAGAUUUCUAAUAGUUUUAAUGUCCUGUUUGUUUCGUUCCUAACCUCUGUACUCCAAACUCCUGGCAAAAGCUUCUACGACACAUUUACAGCCUAAAUCCUGGAUUCAGAUUGAACAUCAAGGUUUAGAAUCUGCAAAAUGAAGCUGCUGGAUGUGCAGAAGACGAAACACACUGGGGUUCGUCUUCUUCCAGGUCCGAUUUCUUUCUUUUCUGAAUGUAGACAUGUUUAAUAGUAGAUGUGGACGUUGAUGGGAGGGAAAGCAGAGGUGCACGAUGACACCUCGGUAUUGUGAGCACACAGUGCUUUAUGUGUUUUGAAUCGUCGGUGUCACUACUGAUGAGCUGCUUUUGUCAUAUUUUCAUCCUCACUGUACAGAUCCAUGAGUGCUUGAAGACAAAUCACUUCUUUUUGUUUAAUUUGAGUCCUUUAAAGAGAAAGGCGAGUGGGAUUUGAUUUUAAGGCAGGCAUUUGAAGGGGACUUCAUGCGAAGUUAGAAGAUGACGUGCAAUGUUUCUCACGCGGGUAGCGGCGAGAUGCUUUUAUUCAUGACCGGCUUUGAGCUGGACAGUGGUUAUUUCUUUUUCUUUGGUUAUGUCAUGAUGUUGUGACGUCAUGGCGGUGCUGAUGAUGUCACACUGUUGUCACUCGGGUGUUGAUGAGGUCACAGUGACGACAAGAAUAAAUCCUGAUGGAAGUAGUUAUGCAGAAAACUUUUGGUGAAUUUGAAC